UUUUCUUUUCUCUUUUUUUUUUUCUUUCUUUUUGGAACGUUUUUCGCUUUUUUUUUUUUUCUUUAUUCUCGAAGACUCCUUCUCGCUUUUCCCCACAAGCACUCACCGCGCGCACCUUCCAGCUCUUACCCUUCAUCAAGGAGUUUUGUCCGAUUCGCAACCUGUAACGCCACCCCUUUCAAGUACAAUAUCAGCGAAACAUGUCUUUUGGCUACGAACCAGGGAACCCCCAUUUGCUGGCCGAUGAAAACCUCGGCGCUCGCCCGGUGGGCACGAGCACUCACGCAGCUCGCGCCAACGCCAAGUCCAUGAUGCACGCGGAAACGACAUCGUUCACCGCGGCCAUGGCUGACGGCAACGCCCUCCAGCCCAUCAACCGCAACAACACCGGGUUUGGUGCCCAUUCCCGAGCACAACCGCAGUCGGCCGCUCAGCAACCAAUCCAUCAAGUGCUGAGGCCUGUCGUUCAGCAACACGAUGCGAACGUCGUCCAACCGAUUGCCAAGCGACCUGCGUUGACCGAGCAGGUUGAUGUUAGUCGACAGGAAGCGCGUCCAGACACAGUUGUGGUGUCGCCCUGGGACCAGGCAGUGCUGAGCAAGAGCGAGGCCGAAGUUCGGAUGCGUCAGGCAAACACGUCCAACUCCCCAAUUCCCAUGUCGGUCACGCGCGACGGGUUGCCCCGCGCGACCUUUGGCAACCAGCAAUUGGCUCCGCUCGACUUGGAUGCACAGCCCGCGCCCAUGAGCCACACGAAGCGGUCUUACAAUGACCUUCGAUCAUCAGAGAUCGAUCUGUCGUCACCAAGCUCCUCGCCAGUGCCCUCGGAGCUUGACAAGUCCGUCAUUGUGCACCCAGCAGCGGCGGCGGAAGUCGAAGCGCCAGCCAGCCACGCACAGGAGGAGGAACAAGCUGAGGCGUUUGAUCUUGUCGCCGAUGAGGAGGAGGUAUUCGACGUCGAUGAAGAGGAUCGCGCUCAGAACCGCGAUUUUGGCGAGUACAUGCCCGAAGUCAUGCUUCACUUGCGCGAGCGCGAAAUCGCCGUUCGGCCCGCCCCGUCAUACAUGCAGCGCCAAAACGACAUCAAUGGCAACAUGCGCGCCGUCCUCGUGGACUGGCUCGUUGAUGUCGCUCUCGAGUACAGACUCAAGCCCGAGACGCUGUACUUGGCCAUUGGCUACAUUGAUCGCUUCUUGUCGGAGCUGGCCAUUGCGCGAAGCAAGCUGCAACUGCUUGGCAUUGCAUGCAUGUUCGUGGCUGCCAAGUUUGAAGAAAUCUUCCCUCCGAAUGUGCACGACUUUUUCGAAAUCGCCGACCGGACGUAUGAGGUUGAGCAGAUUAUUCGUAUGGAGCAAGCCGUCUUGAAGACCCUCCGCUUUUAUGUUUCCCAGCCCACCCUGCUCGAGUUCAUCAACCGUGCACUCAAGGUUGUUGGAGCCGACGCGGCCAUGACUAGCCUCUGCUAUUACCUCGGCGAGCUGACGUUGCUCGACGACGCCCACCUUGUGUACCUGCCAUCGGUCAUCGCUGCGGCAGUGACUUUGGUUGCCCAUUACACCUUGACGGGUUCGCCACGCAGCUGGACUGCACACAUGGCCUACUGGACUGGAUACAGCAUCGAGGACGUGUGCAAGUGCGCCGCCGAUGUGUUUGUCAUGUUCCGCAACACGCAUCGCAUUCCGAGGCAGCCGAUCGGGUCGGGCAACGACCGCGACGAACGCAACCGCCUGGCUGCAGUGCAUGUCAAGUACUCUGAGGCCAGCUUCCACCGAGUCGCGCUGCUUGAGCCCCCAGAGCAGCUUCCGGAGCAGGUGAUGUUUGCUCUCGCGGUGGUGGCACAGCGCGAAGGCCAGAUCCGCGAAGAAGAAAACCGCCGUCGAGAACGCCGAACCCCUGCUGCUGUAAUGCGGGCGAUUUUCCAGCGGGCAAACCCCUUCCACUAAAAAGGAUUCAGGUAUUGAGGGUCAAUGCAGGGAAACACCCAUGUCGAGUUUUUUUUUUUUUACCAUGUUGGUUGAAUUAUUUUUGAAUUUGUUGGGAAGAAUUUGUUUUAAUUUUUUUGUGUUUCGGUUGAUGAGUGUAGCGAUUUGUCGAAGCUUUCUGUUUGUCUGAAUACACGAUGGUUUGAA